AGGAAUAAUUAUUUUUUAUUAUGACCGAAAUUCAAGCUAAAGAGGAUAAAGCAAGAGCUUAAUUAAGAUUUAUUGGCAUUUUAUUUGUCUAAAGUUUCUAUUAAAAAAAAAAGAUUCUUCCCGAUUUUGCCAUAAGGUGCGAUUAAUGUUUAUGACAACAUGACACGUUCCGAUGACACGAACGAAAUAAUGGAUGACGUUGAAUUGCAGGAAUAUGGCUAUCCAAUCAAGUAUCCUGAGGAAAUUUCGCGAAAAGAAAACAAAAAAUAUGGAAAAACGUCUUUCAUUCAUGAGUUGCUGCUAAAUCGUACGAUGCGAGCUAUGAUUGUUACUAUUGCUGUGGCAAUUUGUCUUCCCACACUUGCCUAUGUCGUCUUCUACUCCAGAGAACUGAAUCCAAUUGCGUAUGUUAAGGAAUACGGAACUUGCGGAUAUUACGAUAUUUAUUUCUUGCCAUGUGGGCCGAAGAACAUUUCCGAGCAAAUUUGCAAACUGCGUGGCUGCUGUUUCAUGUAUUCCCACGGUUGCUAUCACUCGUUGCCAUCAAGACAUCGUUAUCUGACAUCCUCGACGCCAUGGAGCAAUAAUGCGACAUUAGUGCCAGCAUUGAGUCAAACGUCGCUCGAUGGCGAAAUGGCAGUUGACAACAUGCGUUUAAUUGUUAAUGAAAUAAGUGCCGACAUUGUCGAGAUACAGAUUACGAGUGAUAUUAACGCUAAAACGAAUAACAGGCAGAUUCUAGAAGAAACAAAAAAUUACAACGUGAUGGUAUUCGAGCCAUCAAUUUACGUGGAAAUUCAUCGAAAAUCGACAAAUGCGACGUUAUUUUCAUCAGCAAAAGGUCCUUGGAUCGCCAGCAAAAAUUACUUUGAAUGGUCCAUGCAUUUGCAAGCCGAUAUUUUGAUGGGAUUGGGACAUCAUCGACUCGAAGUUGGUGACAAAUUUUUCCUGUUGAACAAUCAGAGUAAUUUUGCUGCACCUUUUGUCAUGGGAUUCAAUAAAAAGGAAAAAACUUACCACGCAAUUUAUUUUCCCUCCGACUCUCCUUUGGAAGUAGAAAUAAUGGACACAAAAUUGGUAUUAAUUCGUGGUUUCACAAGCACUUUUUUUCACGUUUUCAUCCUCGUGGGUCCCACUCCCGCGGAAAUUUAUCAGCAAAUUCGCUCUUUGAACACGAAUCCUUACGAUCUCACUUCAUAUUGGCAGUUGGGCGUUCAUUUAUGCGACGACAUCGCAAAAAAUUUCACCGAAACGACGCAAAAUUUACGAGAAUUAUUAAAAAGUGACACCUUUCCUUUCGACUCACACUGCUUGAUGGAAAAUUUGAUAUGGCUAUCAAAUGCAGAAAUUUUCCCGAAUGACAUGAAACGCGUUCGCGAUGAAUUGCGAUCAAAAAACAAACGUUUCGUCGCAAGUGUUGUGACACCACUUGAAAUUGGGGAGUCACGUGCUUAUCGGGCAGCUCAUGAAGCGAAUUUGUUACUUAAAUGGAGCAACGACGAUUCCUAUUUCGGCGAAGCAUUUUCACGAAAUGUCUCAUAUGUCGAUUUCGCAGCACCUGGCAUCGACAAAUGGCUCGCCUCGUAUUGGAAUCCCGACGAAAUUGAUGCUGAUGGAUACUUUUUCCAAGGCACCUGGUUGCCAGAUGAUCGGAAAUUUGUCGCUGUCAAACACGAAUUGCCCUAUGUGCCGGAUCUCAUGAACGACACAAUGCGAAAUUUGCCUCCAUGGAAUGUCACAAAGCCAGAUGGCACGCGAUUUUUGCUGCAACAAAAUGAAGCGCCCACGCGGCAAGUCAAUCGAAUGCAGGAGAAAAUCAACAAAAAUAAGGAAAUUUUUUUACUGACGAGUACGCCAUCAAUCAACGUGCAUGCCAUGUCGUAUCGACAGCACGUCGCAGGCACUUGGCGUGAUUUUCGUAAUCAAGUUAAGUAUCUGGCGGCACUUUGCGUGGGCGGAUAUAAUUUGUAUGGGUUUCCCGUGUGCGGAAGUUACGUCGAAGGAGAUACCGUCAACGAGGAACUUUGCAUUCGAUGGUAUCAAUUUGCAACGGUCAUGCCAAUAUUUCGCAUGAGCACGACGAGAUUUGUCGAUAAAUUUUCAUCGUUUGCUCAAAGGACACUUCUUGGCAUCAUUCAACGGAGAUAUACCUUACUGGACUACAUGAUGAGUACCCUUACGACAAACGACUUGCUGCUUCGUCCAAUUAUUUAUGAUUUUCCCGAACAACUUGCCUACGCGGAAAAUUUCACAUCUCAAUUUAUGAUCGGAGAGAGUUUGAUGGUUGUGCCCGUGACGUUGCCCGCAGCAAGAUAUAUUUCCAUUUAUUUUCCCGAUACAUUUUACGAGCUGUGGGGUGGCAUGCAACUCGUUCAGACACGCCAACGUCUCCCUGUGAAAGCAGUCGAUUAUCCCGUCGUGCUCUCGGAUUUUCCGAUUUUCCUCCGUAGCGGCAGGAUAAUUGCUCUGCACAAUGUGAAAAGUACAUCACUCACUGCCGACGCGGCACGCUUGGAUGCAUUUUAUCUGAAAAUUGGCUUAGCCUGUCAUUACGCCGACGACUACGAUAAUAAUGUCGAGCUAAAUCGUAAUCUCACAAGAACGUGCUCCGCAUCGGGCGAACAUGUGUUUACAUCGCAAAUAACAUGGAAAUUUGUCGUCACUGACAACGAGCUGAGUGUCACAGUUGCAACAAAUGCCGCAGAACAAUUUGAUAAUUUGUUUUGUGCUGAAACAGCGAGCAUCAGUAGGAUUAUUUCGUGGGCCGAUGUUUAUGGCUUGGAGCGCACAAGUGAAACAAAUGACGUGGAAAUCCAAUCGAAACGCAUUCAAAUGAACUGGAAUGUGUGCGACUUUGAAUUAAAUGUGCCGAAAAUGGUUCAAUUUUAGAAAUUUUAGCAUAUUUAUUGA